AUGUCUGGCGGCACAGCAAUGGACACAAUGGCUUCUGCACCCCACAUGAAUGAGGAAAAUGCUAUCCGCUACCUUACAAAUUUCGUUAAAACUCCAGCAAGUAACGAAGCAGAAAUUAAGAAGAAAGAGGAAUCGAUAAUGGAGUUGGGGAACAUGCUAGCUAGAAACAAACAGACACAAGAGUUGCGUAAUAUGAUUGAGAAUACCAGACCUUUUCUUGUAUCGCUUGGAAAGGCUAAAGCGGCAAAACUGGUUCGUAAUUUGUUGGAUUUAUGCCUCAUGAUCGACGACCAAGAUGGGGAUAUCAAGGUUGAGCUUUGUAAGGAAUGCAUUCAGUGGGCAACUGAGCAGAAUCGUUCAUUUUUGAGACAAACCCUGCAAGCAAGACUUGUCCGUCUCUACAAUGAUUUACGUCGUUACCAACUAGCACAGCAGCUAGCGAAUCAACUAGUGCGUGAGCUAAAGAAAGUUGAUGACAAGGAUGUGAUUGUCGAGGUUCAGCUGGAGGAGAGUAAAGCGUGUUAUCACCUCGGAAACCUUUCAAAGGCCCGAGCUGCAUUAACUUCAGCACGCACUACUGCUAAUUCUAUUUACUGUCCUCCUCGUAUGCAGGCUGCAUUAGACAUGCAGUCAGGUAUUCUACACGCUGCUGACGAACGAGAUUUCAAAACUGCUUUUUCUUAUUUCUAUGAGGCUUUUGAAGGGUACGACGCAGUGAACGAUAAAAAGGAGGCUAUGAGAGCUUUAAAAUACAUGCUGCUGAGCAAAGUAAUGUUAGAUACGCCUGAAGAAGUUGGGGUUAUUUUAUCGGGGAAGCUUGCUUUGAAGUACAGCGGAUCGGACCUUGAGGCAAUGAAAGCAAUCGCUGAAGCAGCGAAAAAGCGAUCUUUAGCAGAUUUCAACCAGUCUUUUGGAAGUUUUCGUCAGGAACUGCAGUGCGAUGCUGUAGUCAAGAAACACUUUAAUUCAUUAAGUGAUAGCAUGCUUGAGAAGGAUUUGUGUCGCAUUAUUGAACCAUAUUCAUACGUUCAAAUUGAUCACAUUGCUUCAAAAAUUGGUUUGGACAGAGAUAAAGUGGAAAAGAAGCUUUCCCAAAUGAUUUUAGACAAGAAGUUUUCCGGAAGUUUACACCAGGGUGAUGGUAUGCUUAUUGUUUAUGAUGUAGCCCCAGUUGACAUGACAUACCGAGCUGCUGUCGAUACAAUACGCGCAAUGGGUGAAGUUGUGGAUGCGCUUUACCAACGGGUCAGUAAACUGAGGUAG